AGGAAUUAAAAUCUUCCAAUCUCCUGUCUCUGCACAUUUGAGCAUUUCUAAGUGGAUUCUGCCCGCUUGGCUGGCUGAUUCCUUUACACAGCGUGCGUGUGUGCACGCGCUGCCGUCUUCGCAGAUGUACCCCCAGCUGUCACUCCACAGUGCUCCGUCUCUCCCUCCCCCUUUCGCUCUCCCUCGCUUUCUCCCCCUAUUUAUUAUUUACAGAGGAUUACAAUCUCUUUUACAUGCUGUCGUCUAACCUUUCUUCUUCUCUGCACUUCGGGCACUGCUAGCAUCUUGGCACCCUGCAGGGAGCAGGGGGCUGAUGCCCACUAGAGUCCAUUGAGCGCUCGCCUGGCUGUUGAUAGCUUCCACUGGAUUUGCUUUGGGACUUGUCAGGGGGUUUAUCGAAGGAGCUGGAGAACGCAGAAGAGGCUCUGUUCCAGGCAGAGAACAGGAGUUAAAUAGGACACAGAGAAAAGCCUGUUGGCUGGGAGUUGAAGUCAAGGAGGGAGAGAGAAGAGACUGCAAUUGGACAGUGCCCAGGGAGUCGGGUGGAAGCAGCUGCGGGCAAAGCCCCUCCAGGAUCUGACAGGUAGGGUGCCCAGAUUGCUCCUCCAUCCUGUGAGAACGUGGGCCAGGCUGGCUGGAGGACGGGAAGCCACACUGGAGAAAACAGUGACCAUAAUGCUGUCUGGGAGCGCUAGCCACUGGUGGAAGAACAGGUUUUCCAUGAGGUGGCGACAGACCUGCUUGCUUGCCUAUUGGCUCUCUCUGUGUGCAGCAGACUCCCUCUUCACUUGCCCUUCCUCCUGCAAGUGUAACAGUGGCAGUCUGGAAGUGGACUGUAGUGGCUUGGGCCUCUCAUCCAUCCCCUCAGACAUUCCUACAAACACCAGAAUCUUCCUCUUCCUCAACAACAAGCUAAGCACACUGCCAGGACCAGUCUUUUCCAAUCUCUCUGCCCUACAGAGGCUGGACCUUUCCAACAACUUCUUGGAUCAGCUGCCCCAGAACAUCUUCAGUGACCUAGGGAACCUCACCGAACUACAGCUGAGGAACAACAGUAUCAGGACCCUGGACAAGGACCUUCUGCAGCAGAUGUCCCUACUGCGCCAGCUAGACCUAUCCAUCAAUGGCCUUGCUCAGAUACCCUCAGGAAUCUUUGAUGACCUCCCGGCUCUCCGCUUCCUCUCCCUUAGGUCUAACCGCCUACAGAGCCUAGACAGGGUGACCUUUGAACCAUUAGUCAGCCUGCAGCAGCUCCAAGUUGGGGAUAACCCCUGGGAAUGUGACUGCAACCUGAGAGACUUCAAACACUGGAUGGAAUGGUUCUCUUAUCGAGGAGGAAAGAUUGACCAGUUGGCGUGUACGCUGCCCAAGGAGCUGCGGGGGAAGGACAUGCGAAUGGUCCCCAUGGAGAUGUUCAACUACUGUUCACAGCUGGAGGAUGAGAACGGCUCCACUGUGCUGGACAAUGCUGGCCCACCAUGCACUAAAGGAAGCCCGACUCCUUCAAAAUCCAAGUCAGGGCCAGAACCUGAAGUGGAGCCGAGCGUGGGGUGCCCCCAGAAACAGAGAUACCGGCCGGUUAGUGUGCGCCGAGCCAUUGGCACUGUGAUCAUAGCUGGGGUGGUGUGUGGCAUCGUGUGUAUCAUGAUGGUGGUGGCAGCAGCUUAUGGCUGUAUCUACGCAUCCCUCAUGGCCAAGUACCACCGAGAGCUGAAGAAGAGGCAGCCGCUAAUGGGUGACACAGAGGGUGAACAUGAAGAACAAAAGCAAAUCUCCUCUGUGGCAUGAAACUCUUCUUGGAAGGCAAGGGCAGAAGUGAGCAAGGUACCUGAGAGCAGUGAGGCCUGUGUCCUCCCACAAUCCAUCUUCCCAGACAGAUGGACAGACUGUGCUAUCACUCCACUCAUCCAAUUAGUGCAACAUGCUUCUGGGUUUAGGACAUCUGGCUCUAAAUUUAAUUCCUCUGCAUCAGGCCCUUUGGCACCCCUUCACCCUCAUGCCCUACCAAGUCAAUAAACUAUAGUCAGACCUCAAGUGCUUGCCAUGCCUCAUCCUUGCACAGAGCCCCAAUGGAUAUGCACAGCAAGGGCAGCCAACACCU